GGGACCGGACCGGAGGGCAAAGGAGCAGGUCGAGUUCGGAGCGAGCGCCUGGAGCGCGCGCGGGUGAGCAAUCGGUGGGGAAGUUUGUUUGGCUGCUCGAAGUUCUUCGCAUGUCCUUCACCGCCGCCUUUGGUGCGGUUCCGAUGAGGGAGAUAUAUUGCAUUCCUGUGUUGAUGUUGAAUUGACCUCAGUUCUGGGUUAUGGAUGGACAAAAUGAAGUAGACUUUUCCAAUAACAACAUUACACCGUUGUGGAAGAGAAGAUCAGCACAUCGUGGGCAUUUGCAUACCAAGAACAAACCUAGACCGCAGUCCUAUCAGAGUUCCAGUGGGGUUCUCUUCACAGAUUUUCCUGUGGAAGACAAAGAUACAUUCACUUUAAUGCAACCUGAUGAAACAAUUACUUCUCCAGACAGCAACUCAAUUCAAAGAGGCCCCUUGCUUUUGACCUGUAAAAGUGUACCAAAUGGAAAGGUUCAGUUUCCAGAACACAGAAUCUUAUCUUCAUCACUUUCUGAUCAGCCCCUACAAAUCUUGAAAAUGGUUUCAAAUAAUUCUGUAAACUUUACCUCUAGUGGUUCUAUAGAUUCAGCAAGCAGUAAAUCAACUUGCACAAGGAAGGUUUCUAAUCAAGCAUCACUUAGUCCUGAGAAAGAACGUAUUGUUUUCACAUCGAGCCUUGGAGUGUCGCCGUCAGAAAUUGUGCAUUCGCCAAACAAUAAUACAACCACUGCCUUAGCAUUACAACCCAGUCAACUUCCUAAAAACUUAGAAAAUGAACCCGUUUGCCUGCAUGCUCCCUCCGACAUUCCACAUUUGCCUCUGCAAAGAAUACCAUCAAAUCGGAACGACCAAUCCGAUAGGCCGUCUGUGACUCUGAGCACAAAUAGUCUUGCCGCAUUAAAAGUCGGGAAACAGCAGAUCAUCCCUAAGAGUUUAGCUUCUGAAACGAGAGUAAUUGGCAAAGCUAAUGGUCAGAAUUCAGAGCCAAACAGCAGAGUACUUAAGGUACGCAGCAUGGUGGAGACUCUUGAUGCACCUUUGGUAGCCAGUGAAGAUGAAGCAGAAGGGGAUGUGGAAAGCCCAGGGAUGCUAAAGCGUAGCUUGAGGUCUACUUCAUACCGACGAGCUGUUGUGAGUGGUAUUGACUUUGAUGGUAUUGCCAAUAUUAAAAUGAAAAGCAAACUGUCUCAGCCAGGGCUGAAGGCAGUCAUAGAAGAUAAAGAGAAAUUCUCUAGUUUAGGAAGAAUAAAGAAGAAAAUGCUAAAAGGACAAGGGACAUUUGAUGGACAAGAAAAUGCAGUGUUGUAUCAGAAUUAUAAAGAAAAAGCUUUGGAUAUAGAUUCCGAUGAAGAUAUAGAAUCAAAAGAACACAAGUCAGAUGAAAAAAUAGUUAUUCAAUACAAACCUCUGAGAUCAACAUGGAGUCAACUGUCUGCAGUGAAGAGGAAUGGCUUAUCUCAGACCAUCAGCCAAGAAGAAAGAAAAAGACAAGAGGCAAUAUUUGAAGUCAUCUCUUCAGAACAUUCAUAUCUGCUCAGUCUAGAAAUUCUGAUUAGGAUGUUUAAGAAUUCCAAAGAACUGAGUUCUACAAUGACAAAGACAGAAAGCCAUCAUCUUUUCUCCAAUAUUACAGAUGUCUGUGAAGCAAGCAAGAAGUUCUUCACAGAGCUUGAAGAAAGGCAUCGGAGCAACAUCUUCAUAGAUGAUAUCAGUGAUAUUGUAGAAAAGCAUGCUACAUCAACUUUUGACCCUUAUAUAAAAUAUUGCACAAAUGAAGUCUAUCAACAGCGGACACUUCAGAAACUGUUAGCAACCAAUCCAUCCUUCAAGGAAGUAUUAUCACGGAUUGAAACUCAAGAAGAGUGUAGGAAUUUACCAAUGAUAUCCUUCCUCAUUCUCCCAAUGCAAAGGGUUACCCGGCUUCCACUGCUGAUGGAUACAAUUUGCCAGAAAACACAGAAAGAUUCUCCAAAACAUGAAGUUUGCAAAAGGGCUUUAAAAGCAGUAAGCAAGUUGGUUCGUCUGUGCAAUGAAGGUGCUCGAAAAAUGGAAAGGACAGAAAUGAUGUAUACCAUCAAUUCCCAGUUGGAAUUUAAAAUCAAGCCCUUUCCACUGGUUUCUUCUUCACGAUGGUUAGUGAAACGGGGUGAAUUGGCAGCAUUUGUUGAAGACACUGGACUUUUUUCUAAAAGGACUUCUAAGCAACAAGUAUAUUUCUUCCUCUUUAAUGAUGUUCUCAUUAUCACAAAAAAGAAAAGUGAUGAGAGCUACAAUGUUACAGAUUACUCCUUAAGGGAUCAGUUACUAGUUGAACAGUGUGACAACGAAGAACAGAAUUCCUCUCCAGUUAAAAGCAGCACACCAAUGCUCUACUCUCGGCAGAGUUCUGUCAAUCACCUCUUCAGAUUAACUGUCGUGAGUAACCAUGCAGGAGAGAAGAUUGAACUGCUUUUGGGAACUGAAACUCAGAAUGAGAGAGCUCGCUGGAUUACUGCACUUGGACAAAGCAAUGAUAGAAGAACCAAGGAAAGGACAACAUUGACUCAGGUAGAAGUUAUCAGGUCAUAUACUGCCAAGCAACCUGAUGAAUUAUCCCUCCAGGCUGCUGAUGUUGUUCUUGUUGAUCAAAAAGUCCAAGAUGGUUGGUAUGAAGGAGAGCGAUUGCGUGAUGGAGAAAGAGGCUGGUUUCCAAUGGAAUGUGCCAAGGAGAUCACAUGUCAAGCCACAAUUGACAAAAACAUGGAAAGAAUGGGACGUUUGCUGGGCCUAGAAACUAAUGUAUAAAGUUGUCUCUAAUACAUGUACUCUAGAAUUUGCACUAAAGUCAAUGGCAUUUUGGUCUCCCCCUCCCCAUUUUAUGUUGGUAGCAGAUCAGAUAUAAGAAAAUAGAUUUUUAAGAAUGGAAGAAAUUAACCCAAUUCAAGGCAAAUAAGGGUUCUUCUGAAUCAAUUUCUACACAAUAAACUUUGUUUUUAAACUUUUCUAAAAAUAAAUGUUGAUUUAUUGAUAGCAUAUGUUGAUAGCAUAUCAACUGUCUAUUUACAGUAUUUACAAAAUAUUCCUGUAUUUUAUAUCUAAUAUACCUUUGUUCUAAAAACUAGUUCUGUAGUCCAUUCAUUUCACCUUAUAUUUUAAUUUAAUAAACAGUUUCCCUUGCUUUCACUCCUACAAUCAACAUUUUGAAUUGGAUCAGGCUUCUGUUAUGUGUGCAGUUGCUGUGGUACACAUGAUUGAGCUAGUUGUUUGCAUAUUUUGAGGUAGACAAAGGCUGUUGAGAACCAUGAACAUUGAUUAUUACUCUUCCAACUGAUUUCAGUUGAACUGAAACACAAUUGAUUUCAUAGCAUAUACUGUGAUAAUUGGAGACAUAUGGUGAAUAAAGACACAGAGACUACAGCCAUGGCGAAGACCAAGGAACAGUGCAUAGACUGGUUCCACUUAUCCAGACUUCAGAUAAGGAGGCGAUGGGAAAUUGCCCACACAUGCUCAGGGUGGUUGCUCCUCACGAGACUUGAAGACAGGAUUCUUUGCGAGUUUCAGUGCCAGGAGACAAUGUGAUCACCCAUUUUGCUUAGAACUAUGAUGGAACCUUUUAAAGGACAUUUAAGUUAAGUUAAGUUAAGGGCCGCGGUGUGGCUCAGGCUGUAAGAAGCCUGUUAUUUAUUUAUUAUUUAUUUAUUAUUUAUUAUUUAAAUUUGUAUACCGCCCUUCUCCCGAAGGACUCAGGGCGGUUCACAGCCAGGUAAAAAUACAAUACAAUAAAUACAAAUUAAAAUACAAUUAAAAAACUUAUUAAAAUUGGCCAGGAUUAAAAUUUGGAGCUAAAAACCCAUUAAAACCCAUUAAAACACUAACCCAGUCCAGCGCAGAUGAAUAAGUAGGUUUUAAGCUCGCGGCGAAAGGUUCGGAGGUCCGGAAGUUG